AGGCUUCCAGCUGACCUCUUCACUCUUGACCAACCCGUUCACUCUUCAAUUUGCCUUCUACUCCGCACCAACUUCUGCACCAUGGCGCCUCGAGCUUCCGCCGACGUCGUCACCAUCCGUGAACCUGUGGCCAACCCCGGCCUGCACGGACUUCUGCUGACCUGGGACGCCGCUCUCCUCGACCAAUUCAUCAGUGCCGCCAACACCGUCGUCCCAGUCGAGCAGCCGGAUCUGGAGCUGUCGCCGUGGCUGACCGAGCCCCGAGGCAGUCUCACCGCCGAGGGCUUCCUCCAAGGCACCAUGACGUAUCUCUCCGAGUCGGCGGGCGGCUACCAUGGCAACAUCUUGUCGCCACUCACGCCAGCGCAGUCCAACGCUCUCUCGAGGAGAAUGGGCCAAAUGGAAAUGGACCCAUUCAUGCAGGCCUGCGCCAAAAAGCUGCCGUCCGGGUCGUGCCUCGUCACCGGAACGCUCUUCUUCCAGGACCCCGCCACCGAUGGAGUGCCCACAAACCUCCCCAGUCCCCCCUCACCUCACCGACAGAUCUUCGUGUAA